ACUGUAUCCAGGAGAUGACCGAUUGUUGAAUGCUGAACGAAAUUUUAAAAAAGCCUUACAAAUGGUAAGUUCUUUCAAUCAAGCACAAUAUGAUUUAGGACUUGUUCAAAGAAUGCUUGGAAAAAGUGAAGAAGCUCUAGAGAAUUUUAGGUAUAUUACAAACAGUAACAAAGGAAGAAUUGAUGCCAACGACAAAAUUCAAAUGAUUCGUGCAUACGAGCAACAAGCAUUUUGUAGAUUUGAUUUAUUUAAAACAAGUCAGAAUGAAAAUGAUAUGAUCAAUGCAGUAGACGCUUUAUAUAGAGCUUUGGAUAUUUUGUCUUUGUAUAUAGACGUUCUUCCAGAACUGAAAAAUGUAGCUUCUUGCAUCCAGGUCUUAGAAGAAAAAAUGAACGAAUAUGAAUAUUUGCACUCAGGAGAAGAAAGUAGGAAAAAAAACUUUGCUCGUUUAUAUGAAAAGUUAAAGGAAUACAGAAAAGCGUAUGAGGUUUACUCGAAAUGUGAGACUAAAUCUUCAGCUGAUUAUCAAAAGAUGGUGGAAAAUUUGAAAGCUGCUGGAGAUUAUGAAAAUGCUAUUGGUAUAUUAAAUAGACUCAUUAUAGACAAAGACCCUAAUACCCCUUCUAGACAAUUUUUAUUUCGUAUGUUUAUGGAUGGAGCUUUGUGCUCGUUAGAAAAAGGGAAUUAUGAAAAAACAAAGAUUAGGUUCCUGCAAUGCAGAAAAUGCAUACCAGCCUGGGAAAUGCGCACGGAUAGCUGCUAUAGUGAAGAUAACAUUCUAGAUUUCUUCAUUCUGCAUAUUUGUGAGGAAAGUUGUCCACUUGCAGAGAAGUUAUUACAUGUACUGUCAGAGUCCAAUUUCAUAAAAUGGAACGUUGCUAAAAAUGUCGAUGAUUGUAUACCGGGACAAAAAAUUACAAAAUAUCUCAAAGAUGUUAUCAAAAGAGCAAAAUACAUACUACUGUUUUACCAUGAAAAUCAUUCAGAUUGUGAAGAUCAUACUGGCACAUUUCUUAAAAUGGAACAUGAGGGUCUCUGCAUGAGAUCAGAAAAGAAUAUAUUGAACAUUAUUCUGGGUAAUGCAGAACAACCAUAUCAUUACCCAAACAUUAUCCUCCCUAACGACUUUGCCACUGCAGAAGAAGAUAGCCAAGAAGACCCGGGGACAUAUGCGUUAGAAAGUCGUCUGACAAUGGAUAUUCUUAAGACAACAUUUGCUCUCCAAGAGAGUAAGGAAACGACAGAGGUUAAUGCGUUCUCCCUUAGCUGCGAACUUCCAGUGGAGAGUGGAAAAAAAAUGAAAAAAUGAAAUGGGGACUAGUAGUAUAAGUGCAGGGUGUAAAUCUUUGUUGAUGCAUGACGAUAUUAACGUAGAUUCAUGUUGUUUCGAUAGAUCCCAUUUAGCUGGAAACAAACGGUACCACAGUCUAACUCAUGCGUUUCAUAUUUUGAUCUUUUACGAGACAAAGACAUUCAAAGCAAAUUUACAACUCUAGAAUUUAUCAUCAACUGAUAAUUCCAACGUACUUUUCUAUAUUGUCAACUUCCCUUAUUUAUGUAGCAAUGUAUCAUUAUAACUAGCACAUUGAAUCUGUGUUUCCUGAUUGUAUUAACAAGAACUAGAAAUUAAAAAUCGAAGCAAACUAUUGACAAAUACAUUGAUGAUACAAGAAUAUCAGCAACAUUUAGCUUAUUCUAUUGUUGUUGAGCAGUUAGCUUGUUAGCAAAUGAAAUAUAUUUUUAAAUAGAAUACCUACAUUUUCACACUAUUCUUCUUACCCCAACAUCGGAGGUCGUGAGUUCGUAUCUCGGCCGCGACUGACCUAAGUCGAUAAAAAAUGAGUAGCAACUGUUCCUUCGCCAUACCCUCGUCAUUUAAAGUGAAAGUUGCGGGUCCAUCGGAUAAAAUCGAGGUCCCUUGUUCAUGUUGUCAUGGCAUUCGAUAACAAGAUAAAGAUUCCUCACUACUCAAUGACCCUGGGUGUCGAGUAAAGAUCAGAAUCUGAAGCCCUUCAGCGGUAUAUGGUGACGUCUCUAUAUGAGUGAAAAAUUCUAGAAUGGGAAGUAAAACAACAUACAAUCAAUCAAUCUUACCCCAACAAGUAAAAAUAAUUUCAAAGUAGACGGCUUUCACUAAUAUUGGGAUAACCUGUUUAAUAUUUUUUAAAAAUCUAAUAUCU